CUUUUUAGUUUGCCUUGGUUGCUAUGGAGAUUGUGUCAAUGCUUACUGAGCGUGAGUGAGUAGAACAUCGAUACUACAAAAUGGCAAAAGGGGAGAGGAAGAAUAAAACCAGAAAAACAUCCGACGCAACAGAAAAUAAAAUAUUGAUCGACUCUCCGGCUCCUUCCGUGUCGGAGUCCCCAGGUGUUGUUUUAACAACGUCUGAGUUGCCGCAGGAUCAACACGUCGAGGAUCAACCGCACACGGACGAAAUACAUGAACCUCCUGCCGUUUCUGAUAUUAUCGUUCAGAGGUAUGAAGGGGAAACGUACAAAAACAAAAUGCAUGGAGAGGGUGUUGCACAUUUCCAAGGUGGUCAUGUGUACAAGGGUACAUUUUCCGAGGGUCUCAUUCAAGGAUAUGGUCUCUUCACGUGGUCAGAUGGAGUGAAAUAUGAGGGCCAGUUUGAAGCCAACGUGCCCAUGGGCCAUGGAAAGUACACCUGGCUGGACGGCAGUUCCUACGAGGGUGAUAUUUACAACGCCAUACGUCAUGGGAUCGGAGCCCACCGAUGUGCCAACACGCCUCUUCUGUACAGAGGCCAGUGGCAUCGUGGGAAAAGACAUGGCAAGGGUGUGGUCUAUUACAACCAGGCAGAGACCUCCUGGUACGAUGGUCACUGGAAGGGGAACAAGAGAGAAGGUUGGGGAGCGAGACGUUAUCCUUCUGGCAACCUGUAUGAGGGGGAGUGGCGGGACAAUGCCAGGCAUGGGGAAGGCACCAUGAAGUGGCUGACCCUGGGGGAGCAAUACGUUGGGACGUGGAGCAACGGUGUUCAGCACGGCCAGGGCACCCACACCUGGUUUGUUUGGCGGGUGCCUGGGUCCCAGUACCCCAGGAGGAACGAGUACCAGGGGGCCUUUGUCCUGGGGCAGAGGCACGGCCAGGGCACCUUCUUCUACGCCAGUGGGGAGUGUUACCAAGGAGAGUGGAGGAAAAACGAAAAACAUGGACGGGGAAAGUUCACUUUUACUAACGGCCGCAGCGUUGAAAGAGAGUUUGUGGACGACCACAUGCUGGAGUUUCCUCAGUGGGGUCUGGACGGUUCGACCAGCCCCCAUCCUGACCACCCCCCCCGUGGCGGACCGACCCACCGGCUACCUGGCCAGGGCUUUUCCUCCAUGCUAGGCCCGUACAUGGAGCUCAACAUCGACUUCCUGCUGGAGAAAUUCCCCGCGAGCAUCAGGCCCUCAGAACACAAACAGGUGGAGUUUGUGGUGCUCAGGCACGUAUCGGAGCUCAGGUCCAUCUACAGCUUCUACAGCAGCCUGGGCCACGCUGAGUCGCCCGACAACGUGUUCCUGCUGUCACGCCUUCAGUACUGGCGCCUGCUCCUGGACUGUAAGGUCCACCACCACGGCUCCUCUCUGGCUCAGCUGGACCGCCUAGUGCCAGGGGAAUUGCUCUCUCCCUACACUGGCAUCCUGCUCCCCAUUCUCAUCAGCUCUCUGGUGUCCAUAGCCUACCACACCUUUCACCAGGCCCUGGGGUCUCGGAAGAACAUUUUAGCUGAGUGCUUCUCCAAACUCAUGCAAGACAACAUUCUUCCUAAUGCAAAGAUUGUUAAAGGUUUUUUGUUCAGCAAUGUGGAACGAGUUCACAUUGCUAUGCGCUACAUGGAGAACUGCUGGAGGAUCUAUCAGGCUAUGAGUAAGGACAGCCCCACGGCCUCCCCCGGCCUCACCAUGACCUGCCGGCAGCUGCUGUUGAUGUUUAAGGAUCUCAAGAUGUUGGACACUAAACUGACCGCGAGGAAGCUACUGGAGGUUUAUACUGCAGUGAAUCAGGACCCCAGCAACCUGUCCUACUGCAACAUGGAGCAAGAGGUUACGUUCCUGGAGUUCUUCGAGGUGCUCCUUGGUUGUGCCGAGGUGAAGCGGGACGAGGAGGCUAGAGACCAGCCACCUCAGCCCGGCCCGGACAGCGGCCCUCCCAACCAGAGGGCCUCUCUAGCAGGGGACAGCCCCCCACCGACAACCGCCCACCUCUCCCAGACGGAUGCAGCAAAAGUCAAAUGUCUGGAGGGCACUGAAGAGUCCAGCUCCAAGUCAGAGAUGGAGAAAUCGAUGGAGGCUCUGAAUUCCUCCAAUUUUGAGAAAUCUGAAGUCGGUGUCAAGGAUCACACGACGGAUCUUUCAACAGUUAGCGAACUCAGUGUCCAGCAGGGGACUCACCCAGACGACCAGGUGUCCUCGGCGUGCGUCAGUGUGUCCAUGCAGCAGGCCUCUGCACCGGAGUGCGAAAGCUUCCCUUUGAACCCUAGCGAGGCCACUAGACAGACCGGGGUCGUUGAGAAGGAGGCAGAGGAGAGUGAGCUGGACAUGUGGAUUCAGAGGACACACCUGUUCUUCAGCCAGCUGUUUUUCCCUGCCUAUGAGCACUGCCAGCGCCUGGACCAGGAGGUACAGGACGAGAGGUGUCGCCAGAAGGCCCAGCAACGCAUCGCCUUGGCCAAGGCCCAAGAGAGGGCCAGGCAAAUAAAGGAGCUCAAGGCAGAAGAGGAGGAGAGAAGGCGAAGGGAGGAAGAGAAGAGACGAAGGGAGGAAGAGGAGGACGAGUUGACCGGCCCCUCCCCAGGGGCCCUGACCCCAGUGGGCUCCAGCUCGUCUCUGGCUCCCACAGCCACAGGCAAGAAGAACAAGUAGCUCAUAUCCAAAGAGGCUCUUUAGUUAUAUUUCCUCUGUGUCUAAUUCUAUGCACCAUGUUUCCCCUGCGAUGAAAUAGGAAAAAUAUGGUGGCAUAUCACAAAAUAAAUAUAGACCAUUGAUCACUCCGUU